CUGUACGUCCAAGAUGGCGGCGCCCUGUAGGCUGGAGGAACUGUGAGGUAAACAGCUGAGGGGGAGGAGACGGUGGUGACCAUGAAAGACACCAGGUUGACAGCACUGGAAACCGAAGCACCAGUUGUCCCCAGAACAGUAUCUGGAAGGAGCAGCUCCAGAAACCAGACUUUGACACCUCAAAUGACAUUCACACACUGAAAAGCAAGCGAACUGGCCCAAGCUGGUUAGCCCUGACUACGGCCAAGUUGACUGGACGGGCGCCAUCUUUGUUUGGAAUGGAACUCCUGCCCCAUGUUCUGGGCUGCCUGGAUUUGGGGACCAGCUCUGACAUUACUGCCUUCUGUAUACACAAAAUAGAAACUCAGAGUCUCACUAGAUUGAGACUAGUCUGGUAGGGGCGCCAAUGAAGAGCCCGCAGAGUCGCUAGUGCACGUCCCGGACCCGGCGCGGCGCAGUCGUGUAAGACAAUGGCCCAGCAAGCGAAUAUCGGGGAGCUCCUGUCCAUGCUGGACUCCCCCGUGCUGAGUGUGCGCGAUGAAGUGACAGCUGUCUUUAAAGAGAACCUCAGCUCUGACCGUGGUCCGAUGCUCGUCAACACCUUGGUGGAUUAUUACCUGGAAACGAAUUCUCAGCCGGUAUUGCACAUCCUGACUACCUUGCAAGAGCCUCACGACAAGCACCUCUUGGACAAAAUGAACGAGUGCAUGGGCAGAGCUGCCUCUCGGCUGUCCGCCCUGUCGCUGCUGGGGCACGUCAUCAGGCUACAGCCGCCGUGGAAGCACAAAUUCUCCCAAGCACCUCUUUUGCCUUCUUUACUCAAAUGUCUCAAGAUGGAUACCGAUGUCAUCGUCCUCACAACAGGUGUCCUCGUGCUGAUCACCAUGCUUCCCAUGAUUCCACAGUCGGGGAAGCAGCACCUUCAUGAUUUCUUUGAUAUUUUCGGCCGUCUUUCAUCGUGGUGCCUGAAGAAACCAGGCCACGUGACAGAGAUCUAUCUUGUCCAUCUCCACGCCAGUGUUUAUGCCCUCUUUCAUCGCCUCUACGGAAUGUACCCCUGCAACUUUGUCUCCUUUCUACGCUCUCACUACAGUAUGAAGGAGAACUUGGACACUUUCGAAGAGGUGGUCAGGCCAAUGAUGGAGCACGUGCGAAUUCACCCGGAAUUAGUGACUGGAUCCAAGGACCACGAACUGGACCCUCGAAGGUGGAAGAGAUUAGAAACACACGAUGUUGUAAUAGAGUGUGCCAAAAUCUCUCUGGACCCCGCAGAAGCCUCAUACGAAGACGGCGACUCCGUGUCCCCGCAGGUGUCCGCACGCUUUCCUCAUCGUGCGGCCGAUGUGGCCGCCAGCCCUUACGUCGACACGCAGAAUAGCUGUGGGAGUGCUACCUCGACCCCGUAUUCCAGCUCUCGGCCGACGUUGUUAAAUACGCCCGGGCAGCCACCUCAGACUCUGAGUCCCCCAUCGACACGGCUGUUGACUGAGCCGCCACAAGCUGCUCUCUGGAGCCCAUCUUCGGUUUGUGGUAUGACCACUCCUCCAACGUCUCCUGGGAAUGUCCCACCUGAUCUGUCACACCCUUACAGUAAAGUCUUUGGUACAACUGGUGGAAAAGGAACCCCUCUGGGAACCCCAGCAACGUCUCCCCCUCCCGCCCCGCUCUGCCCCUCGGACGACUAUGUGCCCAUUUCCCUGAGGCCGGCCACAGCCACACCCCCCAAGAAGGAAGAAAAAACAGAUUCAGCAAGGCCCUGUCUACAUAGACAGCACCAUCUCCCAAACGACAGAGGAUUAGAAGAGCUACCUGGCAGCAAAGGUUCUGUCGCUCUAAGUGACCUUCCAGGGUUUUUAGGAGACCUCGCCUCCGAAGAGGACAGCAUCGAGAAAGCUAAAGAAGAAGCGGCGAUCUCUAAAGAACUGUCCGAGAUCACGACGGCCGAGACGGAGCCCCUGGUUCCUCGAGGAGGCUUUGACUCUCCCUUCUACCAGGACAAUCUCCCGGGCUGUCCUCGCAAGAACCAUUCGGCCACCUCUGGCGCUCAGGGCGCCAGUGUGAACCCUGAGCCUUUAAACUCCUCCCUGGACAAGCUUGGGCCUGACACACCAAAGCAAGCCUUUACUCCCAUAGACCCGCCCUGCGGAGGCGCCGCCGAGAGCCCUGCCGGGCACAGGGAGCGCCAGACUUCGCUGGAGACCAGCAUCCUCACUCCCAGCCCUUGUAAAAUUCCGCCUCAGAGGGGAGUGGGGUUUGGAAGUGGGCAGCCUCCCCCUUACGAUCAUCUUUUUGAGGUGGCAUUGCCAAAGACCGCCCAUCAUUUUGUCAGCAAGAAGACCAAGGAACUGUUAAAGAAAGCAAAAGGAAACGCAGAGGAAGACUAUCCGCCCUCGCCCUCCCCCGCAGAAGUCCUGGACAGGCUGGUCCAGCAGGGAGCGGACGCACACAGCAAGGAGCUGAGCAAGUUGUCUUUACCCAGCAAGUCUGUCGACUGGACCCACUUUGGAGGCUCUCCUCCCUCCGAUGAGAUCCGCACGCUCCGCAACCAGCUGCUCUUGCUGCACAACCAGUUACUGUAUGAGCGUUUCAAGAGGCAGCAGCACGCGCUCCGGAACAGGCGGCUCCUCCGCAAGGCGGUCAAGGCGGCGGCCCUGGAGGAGCACAAUGCGGCCAUGAAAGACCAGUUGAAGUUGCAAGAGAAGGACAUCCAGAUCUGGAAGGUGAGCGUGCAGAAGGAGCAGGCCCGGUACAGCCAGCUGCAGGAGCAGCGAGACACGGUGGUGGCCCAGCUGCACAGCCAGAUCCGACAGCUGCAGCAUGACCGUGAGGAGUUCUACAACCAGAGCCAGGAGCUGCAGACGAAGCUGGAGGACUGCAGGAACAUGAUCGCGGAGCUGCGUCUGGAACUGAAGAAGGCCAACAGCAAGGUGUGUCACACGGAGCUGCUGCUCAGUCAGGUGUCCCAGAAGCUCUCGAACAGUGAGUCGGUCCAGCAGCAGAUGGAGUUCUUGAACCGGCAGCUGUUGGUCCUCGGGGAGGUCAACGAGUUGUACCUGGAACAACUGCAGAGCAAGCACUCGGAUACCACAAAGGAGGUGGAGAUGAUGAAAGCUGCGUGUCGGAAAGAACUAGAAAAAAACAGAAGCCACGUUCUCCAGCAGAAUCAGAGGCUUGAUACCUCCCAGAAACGGAUUUUGGAACUGGAAUCUCACCUGGCCAAGAAAGACCACCUUCUCUUGGAGCAGAAGAAAUAUUUAGAAGAUGUUAAAGUCCAGGCAAGAGGACAGCUGCAGGCGGCGGAGAGCAGGUAUGAGGCUCAGAAAAGGAUCACGCAAGUGUUUGAAUUGGAGAUCUUAGAUUUAUACGGCAGGUUGGAGAAGGACGGCCUCCUGAAGAAACUUGAAGAAGAAAAGGCAGAAGCAGCCGAAGCGGCAGAAGAAAGGCUUGCCUGUUGCAAGGACGGCUGCCCGGAUUCUGUAACAGGGCACAACGAAGAGGCGUCUGGUUACAACGGCGAGACCAAGCCCCCUCGACCCGGGGCCAGCAGCGCAAGUAGAGGGGGUGGAGGUGGCGGUGGCAGCGGCGGCGGCAGCGAGCUCUCGACCCCGGAGAAACCCCCCAGCCAGAGGGCAGGCCUGUUCAGCAGUCGGUGGGAAACGGCCAUGGGAGGGUCCGCCACCAGCAUCCCCACGACUGUCGGCUCCCUCCCCAGCUCAAAAAGCUUCCUAGGCAUGAAGGCACGAGAGUUAUUUCGUAAUAAGAGUGAGAGCCAGUGUGAUGAAGACGGCGUGACCAUCAGUAGCCUUUCCGAGACGCUAAAGACAGAACUGGGCAGAGACCCGGGUGCGGAAGCCAAGACCCCCCUGAACCUCGACGGCCCGCACCCUUCCCCCCCAAACCCGGACAGUGUUGGACAGCUCCACAUCAUGGACUACAACGAGACUCAUCAUGAACACAGCGAAGGAUGACGGUCAAUCAGUGUUAACUUGCAGGUUGCUGGCUUAGAACAGGAGGUGUGAAUGCACGUGCCCAGGCUUUCCUGUUUCCGGGGUCUGGGUGGCUAGCUCACGCGGUGGCAACGGGAUGGAGGUCCUUUUGACAGUUGACUUGAACGCAGAACGGUUUUUGGAUCUGGCAUUGAAAUGCCUCUUAACGUCCCCCCUCAGCCCACUCCCCAGCCUGUCUUUCGUUUGCCCAGCAGUGUGGACUAAUCCGAGGGCCAGUUUGCGUUCCUCAGUAGCUUUAUUUUCUUCCUUCCCCCGCAAUGGUCGCGCCCUUUGAACCUGUGCAAUAUGAGGCCAGAUUGAAUCUUUGAGUCUAACACACAUUCUCUCCUUUCCUGACACUCGGAGAACGGGUCGGCUCUCCGUUAGCCCAGGUAACUUUGGUGUUGCAGGUAAGUCUGGUUCUGUCCCUUUCCACGGGGGGUAGCUUGCGAAGCUGGUUGACUUCAUGUGAGACCUUGUCACUGCUUUUUGGUUCUGAAGCGCAGCCCCUGAAGCAGCAGCUCUAGGGAAACGGUGGUUUAUUUGCCCUUCCGUUCUUUGGCAGUUCUGCUAAGCUUUCUAGAAAGUUCUGUGUAAACCGUGUGUUGGUAACAGGCGUCUGGAGCUGGUGCCGUGGAGACUGCCCUUCCCCUCUGGGAAUGCUCUGUCCCUCCUUCCCCGCUACCUCUUAUUUAUUUGGUGUUUGCUGGAAAGCUGGGACCGUUCCGACCAGGCUGGCGUGGGGAUGGUGAAACCUGCUCCCUGCAGGAGGGGAGGGUGGGGCGCUGAGCAGUUGCCCGAGAAGCCCUUGUGGACGAGAAGCUGUCCCUCGGGCAGGGCUGUGCUAACUGAGCCUCGGGGUUCAACUCCCUACCCCGGUCUGUCUGCCUGUCUCCGUUCGCGUUCCCAUGAGCCUCUCGUUUAUGUCAGCUUCUUGGCGAUGCUGCCGCAGAAAGGCUCUGAAGGUCCAAAGAGUUUCUUCAGCGUUUAAAUGACCAUUGCUUCUCAGGCUGCUGGAGCUGCCUUGCUGUUGCUGGUUCUAGACCACUAAAAAGGUAACAACUUUCUCAUGCCAGCUGAACUUUCCAGGGCCAACCCCAUGGGGAGCUUGAUGAUGCUCCCCUUUCGCACGUUGGUAGUGGCCGAGCCUUCCAGGGUAGAGUCCCGGUGAGCGUUGACAAAGGCGGUCUGACAUGCACCCCAGGCUGCCCGCACAUGCUCAGGGGAGGGGACCCCAGCGCAGCCUCUGAACACAGGCUCCAGAGGUAGAAGCUAGAAGCUGAAGAGUUGUUGCUUAGUGUCCCAGCUGAGGCAGGGGGAGACUGGUAGGAAAGAGCCGAUGAACUUGGUUUUUCUCUUUUAUUCUUUUAGUUAAAAGUAUACGAGGGUUCAGUCAUGGGGCGGGGGGAAGGAUGGACUGUAAUGGUACGAAAUCUUACUGCUUACAGACGCUUCCAGCACGUGAGGGGAAAGGUCUCUUUAGGGUUGUAGUGGAUAUGCUAGCACUCCUAACCAGAGGGGCCUAGGUCACAAGAGACGCUGUGUCGCCACAACUGCGCUAGCGCCAGACCUCAUCAGGACAGGAUCUCCUGGUGCGCCCAGCGGCCCGGCCCUGCCCGGCCUGUGCCGCCAGCGGCCGCCGCACGUCCUAUGUGGACUAGCGGUAACUGCCCGUGGUGAAUUCAGUUUUGUCCAAAGGAAAGCUUGAAAUUGAGCAUGUCCUAUUUCCUAGUUCAGUUUUAGAAAAGCAAACACGAACAAAUUCAGAAAGGAAAAAAAAAGUUAACUGGAUUCCUACUGAAACCAGGUCAGAAUGCUUACCCUCCCCCAACCCGAGGGACCCGUGCCGUGGAACAAAGACCCCAGGCAUUUAAAUCAAAGCCUUUUCCCUGAUUAACUGGCAAAGGCAGAGGCUGAUGUAAAGAGAAAAAAAAACAUUUUUAAGAACUGAGCAGAUCGUACGACUAUAGGGAGUGAGGCGGCAGUGAGGCGGCGUGGGCCGCGGCCUGCGCGGGAGGCUCCGAGGACAGGCGUCUGGGCCCAGGGCCCUUGGCACAUCCCUCGGGCCCUGGUGGCUGCUCAGCUCAGUGACCGUGGUGGACCCAAGGGGGCUGCGCUCGGCUUCCUUUGGGUUCUGGGGGCCUGGCUUUUUACUCGGCCGCGGCUGGGGGAUUGAGGCCUCAGGGUGUUGAGGUUCGCAGUCUAAACACGUAGGGUGUUAUGCCACGAGGGACUCAAGUCCGUAGUAAGGGUUAGUUUGGUUUUAAAAACAAUAAACCUGCCGGGAGUCAACAGGUCACUUGACUGCGCCGCAGCGAGUCUUUGGAAGGACGGAAAGGUGACGGCAGGAGACGCGAGGGAGGGAAGCCGGCUCUGGGAGCUGCCAGGGCAGGUGACGUAGAGCAGUUAGCAUUGGGGUCUCCAGACAGUCGGGCGGCAGCUGGUGUGGACCCAGGUCCGGCUCGGGCUGCCUCCGCCCUGCCACCCCGGGCGGACUUGCCUGCCCCAGAGCCACAUGGCCAGUGUGUGUGACCUGCUCUGAUCCCCAGCCCACACGAACCAAGGUCAGCUCGGGCCCUGGGGGUGGGCGUCUGCUUCUUGGGCAGCAUGAAAUUUGUUUUCAAAAGCAGCACAACGGCAUCCUGGGGGUGGGGGUUGGGUGGGGGCAUGGCGGGCAGGGGGCGGAGUGGCUGCGGCUCUCCAGAGAGAAAGGACGUUCCCAAGUCCACUGUGGGACGGAAGCACACGGACCUUCGCAGACAGGACUUUGAGGGAUUUUUAAAAAGCUUUUGACAGGGUUCUGCCACAAAAUCUACAGAAAUUGUUAGGAUAGCAUUGGGAGAAAGAUCUGGUCACAAGAAAGAAAAAUCCAGAGGCAGGAGACAGGUCAUUUCUUGGGUAGGAAGUUUUAAAGGCUUCUGUGCAGCUGAAUGCUAGGCCGGCCCUGGCCUCCCUAGCGUGGUCAGCAGAGUGUUCCAGCUGCUGGGGGCUCUUAGCAGGCUCCGUGGGGGCAGCUGCUGUGUGAACCAGAAUGUGUAUGCCGUGUGGGGCGGAAAGGGGCCAGCUCUUCUGAGCAGGGAACCUGGGAACCGCUGACACGGAUGGCGAGCCCACUGUGCCACCGUGGUCCAAGAGGCCGGCACAUCAUGGGGCCAAAUCAGGAUGACAGGACAGGAAACUCCAGACCGUGGGCUGUCUCCGUUCCCAGUGGUUUUGUCACAAGAGGCCAAAGUCUCGUGGGGAUGGCUGACAUGGUGGCUGCGACGAGGGGAUCCCUGAGCUGGGCCCUGGGGGUUCAGACUCCCAGUUCCAAAUGAAAACGUGGGUGUUUCUGUGUAGAGAAUAUAGCAUGUGCUGUGAUUAGCCUGUGGGGUUUGUACCGAAUACUAGAACGUGCCACUUGAAGCCAGAAGGAAUGGAAGAAUGAGAGAGCGGAAGUGCCACGCGCAGGUGGCCGUGGGGGGAGGAGGCCACGCGGGCUGAGCAGGGGGUGGGCGGUGCAGAGGCUUGGUCUGGAGCCGCCGUCCGGGUGGAGGGCCACCCAGCCUGGGGAUGUUCUCGGAGAGGCCAGCCCCUCUCAGAGUGGUCCCGGGACAAGCGUGAUGCCGCCCACAUCUGCAGGGACGAGAGGGUCUCGUGGAAUGACCCCGCCAGCGCAGCUCCCUCUGCUCCUUUCCACUGUCCAGGUGCCUGCUAGAAACUGACCGUCUCCGGCCCCAGCACGUCUGUGUCUGUCUCUGCCCAGACUUCUGUAACGUGCGCCCCGCCACCCCCCACCCCCAGUGCCGUGGUGCCAUCGGUCGCCCUCGAUGACGCUUGUCUGGAUAGGUGAAAGCGCGGUGUAGGUCGGGGCCUGGCCUCAAGGCUGCUGCUGCGACCCUUGUCCCCACGUGGCUCAUGUCCCCAUCAGUGCCGCUCUGACGUUCGCAGGGAGAGUGGGCUCCCAUCUUUGCCUCGCUGUCCUCCGGUCUGGAUGCGCUCACCUGAGAGAAGAGGGGCCGCAGCGACGAGGGAAGCCUGCUAGGGGUAGGGAGUGCCCGUGUCCGCCACUGCAGAGGAACCCUCUGCCCCCUUUCCCUCCACCACCACAUCGUCCAUCGGGGAGAAGUAGGCUCGUUGAAUCACUGGAACAGAUGUUGUAGAGGAGACCCUGCGAGUUUGAGCACCCCCAGAUCAACCCCUCCUCCCUUCCCCACUUGCUCCAGUGCUCGGACAGGAGGCCACCCGCAGACACGCUGGCUGGUCAGAGGUGGCCGGGCGUUUUGCACGAGGAAGAAUCAGUGAUCACUUUUCGGAAGACUUCUGUGGACCAUAAGAAGUAUGUAACGGAGGAACAGAUUUUGUUAAGACGUAAUCUAGUUUUGUAAUUCAAUCAUGGAUCAGCCACAUGUGGCUCACGUGCGGUUGAAAGGGGUCCCAUCAGUGAAAAAAAAAGGGGUUUUUAACUGACUUAGUUAAAUUUGAGAAAGUCCUCUCUUGUCAAAAGGUUUAAACCUUCCCGCCUUGAUCUUAAAAGCAUGUCAAACAAUCCACGUCAGAUGCCAUAAGCAAGAACUGCGAGAGAAGAUGGUACAAUCUUAGUGAACGGGAAUUGGAAUCGAAAGGGUUUGCUGUCCUUCUUAGAAUGUUCUAAAAUGUCAAGGCAGUUGCUUGUGUUUAACUGUGAACAAAUAAAAAUCUAUUGUUUUGCACUA